AUGUCGGUGCAAGGCAACUUUCCAUUUUACAAGUCCAAAUUGGACCUACGGCAAGAAAUAUAUACCAACAAUCGCAAGGAGUGGCAGAAGGUGCUGAGGAUCUUCAAUGAGAACUUGAAAGCCACUGGCUCUGAAGGGAACGCGAUAUCAACGCAGCGGCACCAGGACCGAGAACAGCUACUGGCCCGAGACAGAGUCGCUCUGUUAUUAGAUCCAGACUCGCCAUUUCUCGAGCUUGCGCAAUUCGCCGGACAUGGCCUUGAUUCAACGCCUUGCGCUAGUAUAGUUGCUGGGAUUGGUUUGAUCAAUGGGCGAGCGUGCAUGAUUAUAUGCUCGAUCCCAUCCAUUAAGGGUGGUGCAUGGAAUGAAUUCACUGUGCUCAAGCACAAUCGUAUGACAGAAAUUGCGAACGAAAAUGAGCUACCUAUCGUUGGACUGGUGCAAGCGGCUGGUGUUUUCCUCCCGCAACAGUUUCGAGUGUUCCACAAAGCCAGCCAGAUGUUCAAAGAUCUCGCACGGAGAAGUGCAAGCAGGCUGCCGUCUUGCAGCGUUGUGUUCGGAUCAUCCACGGCAGGUGGAGCAUACUUACCAGGGUUAUCAGAUUACACGAUUUUUGUGAAAAAUAAAGCCCAGGUCUUCCUGGGUGGUCCGCCACUUGUCAAAAUGGCUACUGGUGAGAUAGUCGACGCGGAAACGCUGGGUGGAGGCGACAUGCACGCAAGUGUAACUGGAUUAGCAGAUCAACUAGCUAUUGAUGAAUUUGAUGCGAUUCGCAAGGCCCGCGAGUGGGUCAAGACAUUGCCAGAACGAUCGCAGCGACUCGAAUCGUUAAAUGAGCCCUUAUCCCCACGGUAUCCAGCAGAAGAUCUUCUAGCUUUGGUGAACCCAGAUAUCCGCAAACCUUUCGAUAUGGCGGAGAUUGUUUUGCGAUUAGUCGACGGUUCACGGCUUUCGACUUUCAAGCCUAACUAUGGCAAAAACUUGUUGACAUGCUGGGCAGAGAUACACGGUCAUGCAACAGGCAUUAUUGGCAAUCAAACACCUGUUAUUAACCCGGAUGAAGCAUCAAAGGGAGCACAGUUCAUUCGUCUCUGUAAUCAGAGGGACAUGCCGAUUAUAUACCUCCACAAUGUUACCGGCUUCAUGGUCGGCUCCACCGCUGAGCAAGCCGGCAUCAUCAAGAAAGGGGCUCAGUUUGUCUCAGCCGUGAGCUGCUCCAAGGUGCCCCAGAUCUCCGUCAUACUCGGAUCAUCGUACGGCGCAGGAAACUAUGCCAUGUGUGGUCGAGGCUACAAUCCACGAUUUCUGUUCACAUGGCCCAUUGGCCGGUGCAGCGUUAUGGGGCCCAGUCAACUCGCUGGCGUCAUGGAGACGGUUCUGACUACUGGUGCUUCCGCUCAGAGCAAGGCACAGAAUGGCCAAGCCGUUGGAGGGCAAAGUGCAAAUACGGAUGUGUUCAGGGAUAAUGUCGAGCGCGAAAGUGAGUCGUACUAUACCAGUGCUCAUUUGCUUGACGAUGGUGUGAUUGAUCCUAGAGAUACUCGGGACAUCUUGGGCAUGUGCUUGGAGAUAGUCAAGAUUCCGAAGGUUGAGGGCGCGGUUGGCCAUCGCUCGUUGGCUCGUUUGUAG